UGUCACUUUCAAAUAGGUACACAUUCUCCUAAUAUUAUUUUGCCGCUUUGUCGAAUCAAAAUAAACAAAAAUGUUAUUUUACUCUUUCUUCAAAUCCCUCGUGGGUAAGGACGUAGUGGUGGAGCUUAAAAAUGAUCUUAGCAUUUGCGGUACCCUUCACUCCGUGGACCAAUAUCUAAAUAUUAAAUUGUCGGACAUAAGCGUCAUAGAUCCCGACAAGUAUCCUCACAUGUUAUCAGUAAAGAACUGUUUUAUAAGGGGUUCUGUGGUGCGAUAUGUGCAAUUACCAGCUGAUGAAGUAGAUACGCAGCUUCUCCAAGACGCAGCGAGGAAGGAAGCGACGGUCUCAACAAGAUAGUCCAUAACCUAAAACUUUUGUGUUUAACCCACACAUUUGUGUUAUUCAAGUGUAUGUAAAUAAUAUUAAGUUUAAGUUUGGCUAAUUAAAAGGAUGUGAUGUGAAA